CCUCGUUUCCAUGGAGGAAGAGUGCUUAAGCUUAAAGGAAUGGUCGUAGCGUAGUGACUGAAACGUGAACUAUUCUCCUUAAUUAUCGACGAUUCCCCUUGAGAGAUCAUCUAAACAAGGAGGGAAGUGUUCAGGACUAUGCCUCAAGUAUGUCUUAGCGUAAAAAAUGAGAAAUCUGCGAGAAAAUAACAGGGAAAAUUGCAGAUCUUUUGCGGAGCAUGUUUGAAAGAUGGCUGAAUUUCAAGGCCAACCGACUGCAACCGCCUUUAGGAGACAAAGGACUUUCUCGGAAAGCUCGACGGAUGUUUCAGCCGGGGUUGAUUUACAGGAAAGGUUGAGGAAAGAGAAGUCACAACGUAAAGAGACUGACGAAGUUUAUCAGCGACUACAGGACGAUUACGACGAACUUCUCAAAAAAUACGCACAGGCCGAGAACACUAUAGAUCAACUUAGGAUAGGUGCUAAACUUAACUUGUACAGCGAUUUGCCUCCACCACAACAAAGCUCAUUUGUAAAAGUCUCGGUUCACAAUCAGCCUGGCGUAUUCAGAUUUCCUAAAAGUCGCCAAGCUAUUUUAAGCGAAGAUAGUUUUCCUCUAACCGAAGGAUCUCACGCUAUACCGCAAAAUGGCAACCAACGCACCUCAAGUUCAGGGACUGAUUCUUCUCCAGCAAAUCCAUCGUGUCCCGAUGGAAGAGGAGCCCGAUUUAGGGCAGCUUUAGCGUCUAAAUUGCAGUAUUUUCAAGAAGACGUAGACGCUUUGCAAAGCCAUGUCAUGGAAGGACAAUGGGGAGAGCUUGAACUUCAAGAAUUGAGGGAUAUGUGCGAGCAGUUGAAAGCACAAAACGGGAAUUUGAAACAAGAAUUGCUGCAGAUCCAACGAUUGGAAAAUGGACGAGAUCCAGAGUCCUUUGAAAACGAAAGUUUUACUGGUGAUUUUCAACCUGAGGACAGUCUUGAUGGACAGCUGUAUCGAUGUGGGCUGCGACUGGAAGAAAUUUCAGAGCAGCUUGGGCACCAUACUACUCCAUCUGAUGAUCCUCGCAGUCAACAGGAAAGGAGAAAUAGUUACAGUGAUUUGUUAGACAGACCAAGGGACAAUCAUCGUGCAGCAUCAGCAGAAAAUCAGAGACCUGAGGGUGAUCUACAGAAUCUAAUGCAGAGACUGAGAAACAUCAAGGAGGCAAGCAGAAAUGAUGCUUUGAGAGAAGGGAACAGCUCAGAUGAUGCGGAAGAUCUGGAUGCAAAUUCUUUUGAAAGAGAGGAUGACUUUUCUAGAAGAUUUUCUCUCGGUCCGCUUCCAGAUAGUGAAGGCGAAGAAAAACAGGGGCUUGGUGACCAAGCCGAACCUUUGGACCUACAGGAGUCUGGAUACUUCGCGUCCGAAUCAAUGAGUGUGAUUCAAGACCCUCUCUCUGAGCCCUUGUCAAGUCAGUACCUCGUAAAUAGUCAAGGGCCACAAGAUAGAACACGAGCAGGGUCCUUACCUCACACAAGCCCUCAUCGCCUCUCAAUCGGUUCAAGUACUGGACAGCGGUCAAGGAGCAACAGUCACCGCAGCCGCGCCAACACAGCGGACUUCGAUUCACCCCCACUCCCAGAGGAUGAUGGUGACAAUGAUCUUCCUUCUUCAACUUUACCUUCUCCACAGACCUCGCCUGGCAGUUCUAAGUCACCUCGAGCUUCGUCGAGUCCAAAGGGUAACAGCGUAAGCGGAAUUCCUCCGCCUCCAAGACGCCAAGACAGUCACAUGAGUGAAGCCAGUAGCAAACGUUCACGUGCUAGUUCUAGAGCAUCGAGACUGCCUGUGUCCAGUGGUAUUCCCACGUACGACAGCUUGCGUGACACUCAACCAGUCGAACCCUUUGAUUCACGUGAUCGCACGGCCAGUAUUCACAGCUCACCGCGUGAACAGCACGAGCCGCAAGAAUCACGGCGAAAUAGCAGGCAGGAACCGCCACGGACGUUAAAUGGGUUACACGAUGAUCGUGCGUCUAAACCCUCCAGGAUUGCCCAUGGUCGUCCUUUAAGAGCGAGCGUUUCGGGCGAUAGCCGUGUUUCCACGCCGCUCUUUCUUCCUAACGGGAACGGGCCCGCUCAGCCUAAAGAGCUCAACCGUAGGGGAAAAUAUCGCAACCCAGCGGCUGAUUCUGAGAGAGGUUUUGAUAGCGGCUUCUUUGGUUCGGAGGGAAGUCGCAUAUCACGGGGCCACGAGUCCCCUGAUAUUCCGCCCCCUUAUUACCCCGAGACUAAACUACGCAGUGCGCCUUUACAAGAACAAUCCGCAACAGAGACUGAAGAUGAUAGGGGCCACAUUACGGCGCCGAAACAUGCGCCAAAGUUAAUUUCUAGAAAUAGAGAUGCGAGGCGACGGAGGUCCUCCUUGCAGUCGCUGUCAGAAAGCGAGGAGGAUCGUUAUUUAGAGACAACUCAUUCCAAGCCUUCAACGAGAACGCCGUCGUCUCAAAGAGAACGAAGAAGUCAUCGACAUACUCCAACUCAUCCUGUCCCCCGAUCGGAUAACGAAGGCGUUCGACGACUGGACGAAUCGUUACGAAGGCAUACGUCUACUCCGAGCAUAAACGAAGAUACGGUAGAAAGAUCAGUGCCAAGUGCCGUGAGUAGGCGAACGUCUAGGACACCUGCACGCUACAAUAAGGGAACUAAUACUCCAAGAAGUACGGGCCCGCGGUUAGAUCAGUCCCGCCCGAUGGAUAAACAGAGCGUGCGCAGUUACCCGGGCGACCGUGAAUCCGUGCGGUCAGGACGGCGGUCAAGAAGAGGUGACGAUAGUAGCAGUGGAUACAGUGACAAUGAACGAAGAUAUCGCAGAGAUCCUAUUGAUAAACUGAGAGAGGAGCUUCAGAGCUUGCGUUCGCAACUGCAGCAAGACUCGAACGCUCGCGGAUUGCAAGCUCAGAUGUACGACGACCUCCGACGGAGGCACGACGAUCUGGAACGAGAGAUGGCCCGAAGAGGUGCCGAGCAACAGAUGGCGAACCUAUACGACAACCUACAGAAAAAAUACGAUGAUCUGGCGAACGAAAUGUCUCGGAGCAAAGAAAAUGCGACCACAAGCACGACACCUCAAGACGAUCUUAGAAGACGGAUCGAAGAACUAGCAAGGGACGUAGGAGACCUAAAGCGAAGAGAUCACCAGCGACCUUCUCGUUCUCGCUCUCCUUCGCCAGCUCCUGUAAAAGCACCCGCGGUCACUACGAUGCAGUUUUUGUGUCCGUUUUGCGGAAGUUCUGGCACUCAUAGUCACGGGAAUUAUUUCUAUCCAGGGUAUUCUGGACCAGAACAGGAAACCCCGACUGUUAGCACACGGACACCAACCUCGAGGCCUCGUCGCCAUACCGAGACGCAGACUCCUUAUAAUCCCGGAUUGACGAACACUUAUGUCCACCACCCUACUACCCCAGCGGCUACUUCCACACCGUACUCACCCUACUACCACAAUGUUGUUUCAUCGCCUAUGCAUCAUCAUACUCACACCUAUCCGGGAGCUGCGACCUCAUCGUCCGUAAUACCCGCGGGAGUUGUCCCCGGCGUGCCGGUGGCACCGCCAGGGGCGGUGAACGAAACCCCAACGGUACAUCAUAUCCAUCAUCUUCCCCGGGGGAGGUCUAGGAACCGGCGGGAUUAUGUAGUAUCCGAUAGCGAUGACUCUGAAAGUGACGAAGAAUACCCUGCACCUCGAAGCAGGCACGUUCGACUUAGAAGUAACCCAAGUCCAAGUCACAGCGGUUGGGGCAAUCACCAAGGAGAUGAAUUGGAGAGUUAUCGACUCCAUCAAUCGCUGGACGUGGCCAACAAAGCCGCAAGAAGAAUGCAGAAUAUCUCCAAGAGAAUGCUAAGUAACAUCGCUUCCGACUUAAUCCGAUCCGGCAAAAGAUAGCACGUGGAUACACAUUCCCAACUAUUGAAGUAGUUCACUCACUCUCGCUUCCCGGUCCAAGUCAGUUGUGAUCUUUACUCGCGGUUAGAUUCGGAAACAACUCUAGGAUAUUCUUGGUCAUUUGGUCAAACGAAAAGAAAACCUACUUUUUAAACUAUAGAGACGAGGUGCAUAUAUCGCCGAAAAUUCAUGGAAAGCCAUUCCUAAUGCUCGCUGUUAACUCCAUCACCAUUAAUAAGAUCAGAUUAUUUUUAAUAAGUUUAAAUUGAAUACUUCCGUCACGUGAACUAUUCUUUAACACAAGUCCUCAAUGCAUAAUGAACAAUACCACGAACAGUGACUUCGCGCUGGAAAUCCAUAAAACUAUCUCGCACCGUAUACUUUACACUGUUAUUGCAACAAAUUAGGCAAUGAUGCACGAAGUUAGAAUGUAAUUGAAAAAUUAUUUUUGUAUUUUCGAACUGAUUUUGUAGAGUAUAUAGCCUUGUUUUAUAUUCGUCUUUAUUUAUCAGAGUUUUUUUAUACCAAAUAUUCAUUCGCUUUUAUAUACCAUUUUAUUUAUUCAUACAUACUAUAUAAGAAUGGUUUCUUUAUAAUUUUAACAAUUUGCCUUAUAUUUUAUGUGCGUUAACUUUUUUAAGUGACAAAAAUACUUUACAUUUAGUUUGAUUGGUAUUGCAAGCACAAAAUUGAAAUUUUAAAGAAAUCAAGAGCGAUUCUGAGUUUAGCUGCAGUCGUUAAAGUUAGCGUUGUAAAUGAC